AUGGAGGCCUUCUUUGAGCGCGAGUCCGAAAAGAAGGGGUCGGCUCCGGCCGAAUCGACCCAACUCCCGCCUCCAGGGAACCAGCUACAGCAUUCCCAGGAGGAUGACGAAGUGGAUCCGCUCGAUGCAUUCAUGAAUGGUGUGAACGAAACGCUGCUUCGCGAAAAUGCUGAGAUAGAAGAAAGACAACGUCGAGAAGCAGCCGGCGAGGCGGAGAGGACGGACAAGGAGCGUUUCUUUGAUGACGAUGACAUCGCUGCUGAAUCAGUAGAACACCUCAACGCCCAGAGAGCCAUCUCACUAAAAGAAGCCUCUAGAGGGAAGAGAAAAGCGCAGACACAAAGCAGCAGCGCGGCGACUGAUGAUGAGGAUGAACCGAGGGGACGGUCUCUCCCUGUAGUAAACCACGAUGAGAUCGCUUAUCCCAAGUACACGGUGGACAUAUACCAAGAGCACGCUGAUGUGACAGCUCUCACUCUAGAGGCUGUUGCAGAGGUCCGCGAUUCCUUGCAGCUGCAUACUACAGGCAAACAAGCGCCUCGUCCAAUUGCUUCAUUCCUUCACCUUAAGGGCUCCCUCCCAAAGGGCCUGUGGUCUGCUCUGCAGCGACGUGACUACCGACUGCCCACAGCGGUUCAGGCUGCGGCUAUUCCAGUACUUUUGAAAGGACGUGACUGUCUGGCUGUAGCUCAGACGGGGAGCGGGAAGACGGCCGCAUACCUCAUUCCCACGUUGACUCGCGUCGUCAGCCUUAAGGACAAGGACCAGUGGCUUACUCGCCACGCAACCAACGACCAUGCGCCUCCAUCAUCAGCAAAGGAACAAAGAAGUGGGCCUUCAGUAAUUAUCGUAUGCCCCACCAGGGAGCUGGCCGUGCAGGUGGAUGGAGAGAUCCAUAGCUUCACGCGAGGAGGGGCCGAUGUGGCUGUGAGUCGUCUGUUGGUCGCUGGCGGGUUUGAUAAGACCGAGCAGUUCCGCGCCUUGCGUCGUGGUCCCGACGUUGUAGUUUGCAAUCCUGGACGUAUGAUAGACUUAUGUAGCCUGAAAGGCCUCGCUGGCAUUUUUGAGAAAGUCGUUAUGGCGGUAGUGGAUGAAGCAGAUAAGAUGGUGCAAAUGGGCUUUGAGAACCAACUAAAAGAAGUCCUCUUGUCGUUGCGGCCAGACAGGGUCACGUGCAUGUUCAGCGCCACCAUGCCACGCAAAUGCGAGGCCCUUGCGAAUAAGUUUCUUCGCAAUCCAAUCCGAAUAACCGUCGGCGAAGGAGGGCAGGCGGCGCACACUGUCCAACAGAGAGUACAGAUUUUGGACGGGGAACAAGCCAAAUUUGACUGGCUGUCCAAAAACCUGCUCGGGCUGCUCACACUGUCUCAACAACCUGAAAAGCAGCAGCAACAAUACAGCUUACGGCCACCACCGACAACAGUUGCAGCGGCGGCGAAGGCAGGUGGCAUCGUCUUCUGCAACUCGCAGCAGAGAGUCGAGGAUCUAGCAUUCCUUCUUGAGGGUGCAAUUGAGCAGCAAAUAGUGACUGAGGGGCGAUGUGGGUCGGGCACCACAGCAGCAGGAGCAGCAGCAGGAGCUGCAGCAGUUGCAGGAGCUUCGGGGGGUUCUGGGGACGCUGCAUCUCGAGCGGCCGCUGCACGUCUCCUACGCGGCGAAAGCUCGCAAGACUUGCAAAGGAAUACUAAUCAAACUUUCAAGUAUGUGGCGAUCCUGCACGGCGGAAUGCAGCAAGGGGAGCGUCUCGCCGUCAUGCGUCGCAUGCAGCAUCACUUCCUAGGAGAUUCAGGCCCUGCCAGGACCCCAUUGGUUCUAGUUGCUACAGAUGUUGCUGCGAGGGGACUCGAUUUUCCGCCAGCUCUUUCACUUGUGGUGUGCUACGAUGCGCCAAAUGAUCCGGAGGUGUAUGUACACCGCAUUGGCCGUGCGGGAAGAGCUGGUCGGUCGGGUCUCGCAUGCUCAUUAUUCACAAAACAAGAAAAACGCCAAGCCGCCUUUGUUGUGGAGAAGAUGGAGACUUGCGGUCAAAGUGUCCCACGGUCUUUAGUGGAGUUUGCCAUGCAAUUCCCACCUUUUAGAGAGGCACGCUUGUCUGGUCUUCGGGUGGUCUGGCAAGGGGGCAAAGUGGGCCGAGAGCUAAGGCAGCAGCAGAAUACGUCAUUCGGAGGUCUUGGAUUUGAUACGGGGUGCCAGGUAGAACCAAUUGACAAAUCAUUGGCAUCUAAUGCACCAUCAAUAGCAGAGGCAGCGGCAGCAGCUGCUGCGGCGGCAGCGGCGGCAGCGGCGGCUGCUCGGGCUGGGACAGGAGAUACGGCACAGGCGGUGGAAGAUGACCCAGCCACUAGCGGGAGUGUUUGUCUGCCUACCAGCGCGUCAACCAGCAAGAGAGGGCGUUGGGAUAGUAGGGAACAGGGUAGCGGCUGUAACAGUGGCGCGAGUGAUGGUGGAGGGUCGGCUCCUGGUAGUACAGAGGGGAGGAGGGCAACCCUGAACUUUGCCAAACGUGAACAGAGGCGUCAGCAAUGGCUAUCAACUCUGGAGGCUCGGCGUGACCUGAGACAGCAAGAGCAACAGAAACGCAAUCGGAGCCGACGGGAUCGGAGUGCCUCUCCCCGCCGGCGUGCAUUUACAGAGAGGCCCGCGCAGACUCCUGUUGGCCAAAGGGAGACGCAGCGGGAUGAAGUACAGUGGAGCAGUGCAAGCUGA